AUGGCAGCGACUCCAAGCAACCUCGAAUCAACCCUCUAUCCAAAAAUCACAACCCACAUCUCAGAAAUCAUCGAAGGGCUACAAGCACUAGACCGCGACCCAAAGCACCCAGAAGCACCCACGCUCCUCGCCCCCAUCCCAAUCAUCGGCACAGCCAAACUCCACGGAACACACGCCGACAUCCUCGUCCACCCCAACAACACGCUAACAUUCCAAUCCCGCAACCUCACCAGCCUCACCCCCUCAAAAGACAACGCCGGCUUCGCAGCCGCAAUGUCCAGCAAGACCGCCACCCUCUUGCACCUAAGAGAUCUCUACCUCACGCGAUGGAGCGAACUCAACCCCACAGCAACACUGCACCAACACCACCCCGUUGUCAUAGCCGGCGAAUGGAUAGGCGAGAAGAUACAAAAAGACGUUGCCAUAUCCCAACUUUCCCGCCGUUUCGUCAUUGUUUCCGUGAAGGUAAACGGUGUAUGGCAGAACGAUCAGGAGUACGCGGGUAUAAGUUUAGAAGCCGAUGGUAUUUAUAACGUUUCGCGUGCUGGGUUGUAUCACGCAACACUGUGCCCGCAAGACAUGGCCCGCACGAUUACUCAGGUUGAGGAAUUGGCAGAGCAAGUCGCUGCACGGUGCCCUUUUGCGGCAACGUUUGGGCUAACGGGGCUGGGCGAGGGUAUAGUGUGGAAAAUGGCGUGUGCAAAGUAUAACGGCGAUGCUUCGCUUUGGUUCAAGACGAAAGGGGGGGUGUUUAAACCGAAGCUUUUUCGUGCACAGCAGCAAAGUCGGAUGGAUGAUGGGGUGGUGGUGAAGCGGAAGGCUGCUAGGGCGGCGGCUGAGACGUGGUGUUCGGUGCAGAGGUUGGAGCAGGGGUGGGAUGUUAUGAGGGAGAAGGGCGUGAGGAGGGAUGGGAGUGGGGCGGGGGUGUAUGUGGAGUGGGUUAAGCGGGAUAUAUUGGUAGAAGAGAAAAGAGGGAUUAGGGAUGAGGGGGUAGAUGAGGAGAUGUUGGUGGUUGAGAUUGGGAAGAUUGCUAGGGCUUGGUAUAAGAAGCGGGUUAGGGUUGAAGCUGGCUAUUGA